AUGCAAAAUUCUAAGUUAUUAUUGUUUCUGACUUUGUUCUCAUUUUUGUCUCAUAUAGCUACAGCUUCACCGGUCCCUCCAAAAAAAAACCCGGUCGAUCAACAGAUCGUUCUUGACAAAAGGUAUUUGAAUUAUGCAGAUUUUACAGUACAGGGUGUGAAUGUCGGUGGGUGGUUAGUUUUAGAGCCUUAUAUCAAUCCUUCAUUAUUUGAAGCAUUUAGAACUAAUGAUGAUAAUGAUGAUGGCAUACCAGUGGAUGAAUACCAUUAUUGUGAAGCUUUGGGUCAAGAGGAGGCCACCUCUAGAUUGCAAGCACAUUGGUCUAGUUGGUACACUGAGGCAGACUUUGAACAAAUGGCUGCUGUAGGAUUAAAUAUGGUUAGAAUUCCUAUUGGGUACUGGGCUUUCCAAACGUUGGACACUGAUCCAUAUGUUACCGGAUAUCAAGAAUCUUAUUUUGACCAAGCUAUUGAAUGGUGUGCUAAGUAUGGCUUAAAGGUUUGGGUGGAUUUACAUGGUGCUGCUGGUUCACAAAAUGGGUUUGAUAACAGUGGGCUACGUGACUCUUACGAAUUUUUAAAUCAAGAUAAUUUACAAGUCACCACCAGUGUUAUACAAUACUUGUUAAAGAAAUAUUCCGCAGAAAGCUACCAGGAUGUUGUUAUUGGUAUUGAAUUAAUCAAUGAGCCAUUAGGCCCUGUUUUGGAUAUGGAUGGACUAAAACAAUAUUAUUUGGAUGGAUAUGACUAUUUAAGGAAUACUUUGCAAAGUGACCAAAUCGUUAUUAUUCACGAUGCUUUUGAAAGCUAUCAUUACUGGGAUGAUUUCUUGACUUUAUCUGAUGGUAAUUGGGGGGUUGUUGUUGAUCAUCAUCAUUAUCAGGUUUUCAGUAAUGGUGAAUUGGAAAGAGAUAUUGACACACAUGUUGAAGUUGCUUGUGAAUGGGGAUCUGGCGUGCUAACCGAAUCUCAUUGGACUGUUGCUGGUGAAUGGGCUGCUGCGUUGACAGACUGUGCUAAAUGGGUAAACGGUGUAGGAUUUGGCGCUAGAUAUGACGGUAGUUAUUAUAAAUCAUCAACUGAUACUUCUUCAUACAUAGGAUCCUGUGAUGGGAUUGAUGAUUUUAGCACUUGGGAUGAUACCAAGAAGGCUAACUCCAGAAAAUACAUUGAAGCUCAAUUAGAUGCUUUUGAAUUGAGAGGCGGAUGGAUUAUUUGGUGUUGGAAAACUGAAACGUCUUUGGAAUGGGAUUUGCAGAGAUUAAUUUACAACGGUUUGUUCCCACAACCUUUGAGUGAUAGACAAUAUCCAAACCAAUGUAACUUUUCUACUUGA